UAUACAACAGUAAGGCAGAUUUUUUUAAAUUAAACCCAAAUGCUGUUAAUCACUGAUAGAUCUAAUAGGGGAAGGGAAUUCAAUAGUUACUACAUAGCAGCUAGACUUUUGCAUGACAUUGCCAGCCAUUUUUUAUUUAAAGAAAUGGCCUGUAGUUGUGACCCUUAAUUCCAGAACCAAAAAAGAUCAUCGCAGUCCCUAAUAUAAGCUAAAAUAUGUGGUCUAAAAUAGGUGCCUUUUCUCCCCCCCCCUCCCUUUUUGAUAGAAACUCUUUCUUUUUAAGACCAACAUUUCACCUCUGAGCUGAUUGGCCCAAACUCACCUGCUUAUCUUUUAUAAAGAACUUCUAUGGGGACAGGCUUGCUCAGCUUUUUGUUCUUUUACUCAGAGACUGUGUUUGGAAAGAGUUCCUUUGAAAAUAAUGGCUUUGGAAAGCAGCCUCAAUGGAAGCAGUAGAUCAGAGAAAACCCUUUCGCUGGUCUGGGGGUGUGAACUAACCAAGGAGAUGCCAAUCUAUUCAUUUGAUGUCUCAGAUGAUGGGUCCUAUGAACAGCAGCUGGCCUUGAAGACGAUCUGCCUAGGGGAGAAAGCUAAUGAUGAAUUUCAUGUUGUGGAGAUUGUGCCCCAAAAGAACAGCAAGGAAUCGACUCCAGUAUGCAUCGCAAAUUUGAAGCUUUCAGUUCUCCCAACGAUCGCACCAUUAGGACUUGAUUUAAAUCCACCUGUCACAUUCAGACUGAAGUCGGGGAGCGGGCCAGUCUACCUUGCUGGACAGCACUUGUCAGCUGCCAGAGCAUGGAAUGAUAGUGAAGUGGAGGAAGAAGAGUCCUUGGAAGAUGAAGAGAUGGAGGAAUCUGCCACAGAAGAGUCUCCAGUGAAGCUCAUCAAGGUUCCAGCCCCCAGGCGUUCUUCUGCAGACAAGAAGGAGACAGAACCAGCUGCUCAGGAACAAUCUCAGACAAAAGGAGCCACCAGGGGGAGGAAGGCAGCAAAGAAAUAGAUUAACAUUCAGCAAGGAGGUGGAACAGGAGUGGGAACAACUUGGCACUGCUUGAAAGAAAUAAAGGAUGCAUGUUCUAUUAGAA